ACGCGUCCGCAAUCGAUGGGCGGCCGCCGGCCCCCCGUGCAGUCGCCCGCGGCCCUCCACAUGGACCGAAGGCCCCCGACAGCCGCCUCCGCAGCCGCCGCAGCCGCCGCCGCCGCAGCCGCAGCAGCAAGGCCCCUCGAGAACGCAAACCAGCACCUCAUCUCGGACAUGCGGAGCCGCACCUCGUUCCUCAUCGAGGACAUCCUCUUCACUCCGAAAGCCAGACAGGGUCGAGAGGGUCCGAUGGUGUCCCGAGGGCUGCCGGACGUGGCGUCGGGUUUUCCGUUGUUCCACUCGUCUGCGGUGGCCGCCGUGGCCGCCUACCUGCAGCCAGGGCCGCACCCCGCCUUCCUGCAGCACUCGAAGCCGAGCGACCACUUCUUCCUGCCCACCGCAGGAAUUCCGUUUGGCUCGCUUUUCACCGGAGAGCCGGGCUCGAAGCACUGCAGGCGUCGCAAGGCGAGAACAGUCUUCUCCGACCAGCAGCUGACGGGCCUGGAAAAGCGAUUCGAGGCGCAGCGAUACCUGUCCACGCCCGAGAGGGUCGAGCUGGCCGCUGCCCUCAGCCUGUCAGAAACUCAGGUGAAAACGUGGUUUCAAAACCGUCGAAUGAAGCACAAAAAGCAGCUGAGGAAAUUCAGCGACGACAAGAACGCAUCGUCGAGCAGCACCAACGGCUCGGGGGCAACGGACGCAAAGCACCAGGACGCGCUCAGAUUCCAACAGCAGCAGCAGCAGCGUACAGACGAUGGGCCGGUCGACUUCUCGUCGCGGGGCCAUGCCGCCUACUCGAGCUGCAGCAGCCGGUCGAGCUCUCCUGUCUCGAUGACGGCCAGAGGACACCUGUCCAGCGACUCCGAGGACAUCGACAUCGUCGGAGAUCCGGGGCCGUGCAAUCGAUAAUUGGACCGUGUUGAAUGAAAAAUUCUCUGUUAUACUUUCGCGAUGUGUAAUGCAUAAAAUGUGUAAUAAUUUCUAGUUAUAGAAUAGUUGAAAAUCAAUGCGUGUGAUAAUUAUAACAAAAGUAAUAUGUACAGAA